UCCUUCCAGCUGCAGAUCGGGCUGACCCGCGAGUACGUCCUGCUGCCCGCCGCCUGCGACCUCGCCCACGUCAAGCAGCUGGCCUGCUCCAUCGUGGACCAGAAGUUUCCCGAGUGCGGAUUCUACGGCCUCUACGAUAAAAUCCUGCUGUUCAAGCAUGACUCCUCAACAGCCAAUAUUCUGCAACUGGUCCGAGCCGCCUCUGACAUUCAGGAGGGAGACCUGGUGGAGGUGGUUCUCUCAGCCUCGGCUACUUUUGAGGACUUCCAGAUCCGUCCGCACGCUCUCAAUGUCCACUCGUACCGGGCCCCGGCCUUCUGCGACCACUGUGGAGAGAUGCUUUUCGGUUUGGUCCGCCAAGGCCUCAAAUGUGACGGUUGUGGCCUGAACUACCACAAACGCUGCGCCUUCAGCAUCCCCAACAACUGCAGCAGCGCUAGGAAGCGUCGCCUCUCGUCCACCUCGCUGGCCAACUCACAAUCCUUGCGGCUGUCAAUCACCGAAUCCUUGCCCUGCGCCCCGGACGAUCUGGUGAGUCAGCCCGGCCUCCCCCCACCGGGCUUGAGUCGGUGUUCCACGGAGCUCUUUCCCCGCCGCCUGACCUCCUCCACCUACAUCGGCCGCCCCAUUGAGCUGGACAAGCUCUUCCUCUCCAAGGUGAAGGUGCCCCACACCUUCCUCAUCCACUCCUACACCCGCCCCACCGUCUGCCAGUACUGCAAGAAACUCCUCAAAGGCCUCUUCCGCCAGGGCCUUCAGUGCAAAGAUUGCAAAUUCAACUGCCACAAGCGUUGCGCGACCCGAGUGCCCAAUGACUGUCUGGGAGAGGCCUCCUUUAAUGGUGGUGAUGUUUCCGUGGAAGAAUCAAGUGAUCUCAGCGAGGCGGAUAAGAACUCGCUCAUGGACGAGUCCGACGAUUCGGGGAUCAUCCCGGGAUCCCACUCAGAGAGCGAGCUGCGCAUGGACGAGGACGCGGACAGCCUCCAGAAGUCCCAGAGCUCCGUGGGGUACAUCCCCCUGAUGCGAGUCGUGCAGUCCGUCCGCCAGACCACCCGCAAGUCCAGCACGGCCCUGAAGGAAGGCUGGAUGGUGCAUUUCAGCAACAAGGACACCCUGCGGAAACGCCACUACUGGCGGCUGGACAGCAAGUGCCUCACCCUCUUCCAGAACAACAGUAGCAACCGCUACUACAAGGAGAUCCCGUUGUCGGAGAUUUUGGCCGUGGAGCCGGCUCAGGACUUUUCCCUCAUGCCGUCCGGCGCCAAUCCUCACUGCUUCGAAAUCAUCACCGCCAACGCCACCUACUACGUGGGCGAGAACGGCGCCCCCAGCAACCCGCAGCACGGCGGAGACAGCCUGGAACACGCCAAGGCCUGGGAGACGGCCCUCCGCCAAGCCUUCAUGCCGGUCGUCCUGCAGGGGGCGCCGACUGCCCAGGGACAGCCCCCCCACAGACAAGCGUCUUUGCGGAUCUCUGUGUCCAACAGCCAAAUCCAGGAGAACGUGGAUAUCGCCACCGUCUACCAGAUAUUCCCCGAUGAGGUCCUGGGCUCCGGGCAGUUUGGCGUGGUCUACGGAGGGAAGCACCGCAAGACAGGUCGGGAUGUGGCGGUGAAGGUCAUCGACAAGCUUCGUUUCCCCACAAAGCAGGAGAGUCAACUGCGCAACGAGGUCGCCAUCCUGCAGAGUCUGAGGCACCCUGGGAUUGUAAACCUGGAAUGCAUGUUUGAGACCCCGGAGAAAGUCUUUGUCGUGAUGGAGAAGCUCCACGGGGAUAUGUUGGAGAUGAUCCUGUCUUCGGAGAAGGGCCGGCUCCCAGAGAGACUGACCAAGUUCCUGAUCACCCAGGUCCUGGUUGCCCUCCGACAUCUGCAUUUCAAGAACAUCGUUCACUGCGACCUGAAGCCUGAAAACGUCCUCCUGGCAUCAGCUGAGCCCUUCCCCCAGGUGAAGCUGUGCGACUUUGGCUUCGCCCGCAUCAUUGGGGAGAAAUCCUUCCGCCGCUCAGUGGUGGGCACCCCGGCCUACCUGGCCCCCGAGGUCCUGCUCAACCAGGGCUACAACCGCUCUCUGGACAUGUGGUCGGUGGGCGUCAUCAUGUACGUCAGCCUGAGCGGCACCUUCCCGUUCAACGAGGACGAGGACAUCAACGACCAGAUCCAGAACGCCGACUUCAUGUACCCGCACAACCCCUGGCGGAAGAUUUCGGUCGGAGCCAUCGAUCUGAUCAACAACCUGCUCCAGGUGAAGAUGAGGAAACGUUACAGUGUGGAUAAAUCACUCAGCCACAGUUGGCUACAGGAUUACCAGACCUGGCUGGACCUCCGGGAGCUGGAGAGCCGGAUGUUCGUGCGCUACAUAACCCACGAGAGCGACGACACCCGUUGGGAGCAGUUUGCCGCGGAGCACAGCCUGCAGUACCCGGCGCAUCUGCGCGUUCGCCGGCUGCAGGAGGAGGAAGAGGUGGAAGAGGCCGGAGAGCAAGAAGAGGAGGAGAUGGAGGUGCAGGGCUUAGCCGAGCGGGUCAGCGUCCUCUGA